CCCCCCCCCCCCCCCCCCCCUAUCUCUUUACAGGACUGCCAGCCCGUCUAGAGUUAUUCCAGGAAUGCGUUGAACAUGGCUGCCGCGAUGAAGGCGCAGAAAACGGGACUGCUGGAACUUCGAGUGACCGUGGACCGUUGGAUUCGGGUGUUGGCCACACUUACCGAGGACACGCUUACGGUAAACCCCGGGGAAGGUACCGAGGAGCCCGCGAAGCCCAACCCGACUCCCGCCGGUGCUAUCAACGGAGACCCCCCGAACCUUAGCUCUUCCCCGGUCCCGGAAACCAUCACCAACGUAAAGCGCACCGUGCGAGUUACCAAGCAAGAUGUUGGAGGACUCGGAAUCAGUAUCAAAGGUGGGAAGGAGAACAAAAUGCCAAUCCUCAUCUCCAAGAUUUUUAAGGGCCUCGCUGCCGACCAGACGGAGGCGCUUUAUGUUGGUGACGCCAUAUUGUCUGUCAACGGCUAUGACUUGCGGGAGGCCACACACGAUGAGGCUGUGCAGGCGCUGAAGAAAACUGGCAAAGAAGUCAUCCUUGAAGUGAAAUACAUCAAGGAGAUGUCAGCCUUCUUUAAAAGCUCGGGGUCCCCAGGCGCUACCCUCCCCUGGGAGUCUCCCCCCUCCACACCCCAGAGGGGCACUGAGCUCUCGUCCGCUGACGUGAAGGAGCCCCGCAUCAUCCCGCUGAAGAUGUGCCAGGUGUCACGAAAACAGUGCCCCCCGGACACGGAAAACAGGUAUUUUGAGGUGAUUUCAUCCAGCAGAAAGAACUCUGUGUUCCUGCGGGCAAAGGACCCAGCCAUGGCCCAGUCCUGGUACAAUGCCAUCCAGGCGGGUGCUGCCAACCUUCUACCACGAGUGAGAGAGGAGGUGAAGAGCAUGCAGCCAGGCGUGGAGGUCAAACAUCUGGGAUGGAUUACAGAGCAGGUGACCCAGGGUCCAGAGAAACCCGUCCUGGCUGUGUUGACUGACAGAGACCUGCUCCUGUAUCCUUCACUGCCUGAAAGCAAAGAGAGCCUGAACAGCCCCACCAAGAGUCACCCGCUUAUUGCUACCAGACUGGUUCACUCCGGCCCAGGAAAAAGUUCUCCACUCCUGGACUCGGACCUCUCGUUUGGCCUGCGUUCUGGCACAAAGCAGGGCGUGGAGACACAUGUGUUUAGGGUGGAUUCUGCAAAGGAGCUGUCCACCUGGACUCAUCUGCUGGUGGAGGGCUGCCAUAAUGCUGCUGAGCUCAUCAAGGAGGUCACCACAGCAUGUAGUUGGAAUGGGAAGGAGUGCACCCUGGGAGUGCACAUCGAUGAAGGCUUCUCACUGUUCACAGAGGACAUGGGGGUCAGGAAAAGUGUUCUGCUCCAGCAGCCCUUCGAGCGCCUGCGAAUGUCCUCGGACGAUGGAGUCCGCAUGAUGUUCCUAGACUUUGGAGGCCCCGAAGCUGAAAUACAACUGGACCUUCACUGUUGCCCGAAGACCAUCGUCUUUAUCAUCCACUCUUUCCUGUCUGCUAAAGUCAAACGACUUGGCCUCCUGGCAUGAUGACAGCGGACCAUAAAGAGUAUCACCUAUAGGAAUAAUCAAUAAAAACACACAGAACAGAAGACUCUGCCACAUCAGAGGGUGUGCUCCCAGAAACAGACUCUGACUAACCCCUUCUUUUCUCUUAAGUUGUCAUCUUUGAUCCAACAUCUCCUGCUGUUUAGAGGGGAAUGAAGAGAAAACUACAAGGCUGUUGGAACUUAGCUUAACUAGUAGUUAAAAAGGUUUAGAAAGAUUUUUUUACAGAUGGCCUCAGCCUGCAGCCAUUUAAGAGAUCUGUAAAUCUGUGAAAUGUGUAAGAGUAGGUCAUGACACUUGAUGAUGGCGAACUGUGUGAAUAUGACCGCCUGCAUUUUAAUGUUUCCAAGCGUCAAACCCCAGUCAUUUCACGUUUUUUUUAUUCUCCCCCAUUGUUCAGUUUUGUUUAGUUCCAUGAGUCACAGCAGGCCUUUGUCCCGAGCAUCCUUUCAUCUUUCAAUCUUUGUAAGCAGUCAUAACAAAAGUGAUGUCACAAAUGUCCUGAUGGAUGUUGGACAAACAUGUUUUUGAUGAAGGCAGCUUGAGUGGAGUGACAGAAUGAUGGGGAGCGAUCAAUAGUCUGAACGUCAUAGUGUAUAACUACACAAUAUUCUUUUGAUGUGAAUUUGAAGAAGCUAUCAGCUACCAAAUGCUAAAUCAUAUCUAUUUUAUUAUAAGUGAAAACUCUUUUCAGUUGUCUCUGUGUCUCUCCCUUUUUAAAGCGUGCUCAUGAUAUAAUGUCUAACAAAGAUGACGUGUGAUAAAAGCCCUUUUUAAAAAAAAUCAUGUUUUAGUUUAACCGACUCAGUAUAGAAUGGUGUUCAUUUUUCUUUAAAACAUCAACGCUAUAUUUUUUUCAUCUUGAUUAAAAUAAAAUCCAAAUAAGAGCUCUUGUGUUUCUAAAAUCACAUCGAUAAAGGCUGUUUCUAAUCAUGCUUCAACAGUUUGCUUAAAGAGUGCCGGUCAGAAUGAGCUACAAAAUCAUCCAAACACGUUUCUUAUGUUACAGUGUAUUUAUCAGAUCGAUCAACACUGAGGACAAACAGGCUUCAACUAAAGGUCGUCUAUUUGUACUCCAUUGUUCCAACAUUUUGAGAUUUGAGUUGACCAUGUUAACAAUGUAGAGUUGUUUACAUCAUUACGUGUUUUUCUUUUUUCUUUUUGCUCAUUUGACUGAACUUCUACUACUUGGGGCCUUCUCUCUGUGUUCGUCACUAAACAGACUUGUAUUAAUAUAUAUUUCAAAACUAAACCAUGUUUGUUUUCAAGAAAAAAAACACAUUAUUGUAUAUUCUUAUUUAAACAAAGGUGUGCCUUGCAGGGUUGUUUGUAUAUAAACAUGUAAUAAACUUUGUUAACUUUUA